AUGGAGCAAUUGAGGUUGUUGAGUGUAGUUGACAAGUCGUUCAAGAUGACGGGAUCGCGAGGCAGCCGGAGGACGAGUGUUAGUGAAGAAGAUCAGCAGAGUCAACUAUCAGGAGGAGAGAAGAGCCAAUGGCCAAAACCAAAACCACAGACGAAAUCGUUGUCGGUGUCGGUGGUGCCAUACAUCCAGAGACUGUGCUCGAAUGUGCAACCGGCAAACAACCUGGCUGUUGUUGAGGAUGGGCGACUUCCUCAACAAAAGUUUGUGCAUUACCUGGACGACCCCAAGGGCCAGUUUCUGGGUAAAUAUGACCGACUUUUGAGCUAUGCGAGCAACAUUCUUUGUAUAAGCCCUGAGCAUCUUGAGAGGGAAGUGCAGUUUAUUGAGGAACUCAUUAUUGUCGAUCGGAAGUGA